AUGUCAACACCUAGUAUGGAAGAGUACCGAAAGGUCAUACAAGAACGUGAACUUCAUAUAAGAGAAUCAUGGGUGAAAGCGAUGGAAGCACGUUUGGUCAGAACGGAACUUCAGAAAUGUUACCGUGGAGAAGGUGUCAAUCAUCUUAAAAACUGUAAAGAGUUAGCGGAGAAGUAUGCGGCUAUGAUAAGGGAUAACAAGGUGACAGGAUACAAAGUUCUCGACCUCGACUAA